UCUAUUUUGCACUCCCGAUAGGCAACACUUGAUCAACGAACUCGGUACACAUUGUUUUCGAAACUGAAGUUCCAAUGAGACUAGUGGUUUUUGGCUGUCUGCUGCUUGCUGUGGAGAUCAUAGGCUUGUGUCUCAAGGAUCCUAUUUGUGGAGAACCGCCUGCACAAAAUGGCAUUAAUUUCAUCACGUGCGCCGGCAGUUUUGAAAAGUUCAGUUACCAUCCGCAGACUCGAUCGUGCCAGAAGUUUGAUUACGGCGGCUGUUUUGGAAAUGCGAAUAGUUUCGACUCCCUACACGAAUGCGAAGAGAAGUGCAAGCUAGACAAUGAUUACAUGAAUGUAAAUCGUUAUUAUUGUCCAUAUACAUGGAGCCGAGCAUAAAUACUUAUUUAGGAACCUCGAAAAUGUAAAUGUAUACGUGUUUCUUAGAAAAUAUUCAAUGUGAAUAGGCGAUAAGACGACAGUUUAUUGUAAUGAUGCGGC